UCGAGCUCUCUGGUCUUUGUCUGAUUUCCAAAGCGACGACACACCUCCGCUUGCGCAUUUCUCUAGCGACCGCCGCCUCUCUCGAUCGCCUGCGAGGGACACGGUAAUCCCAGAAAUGGCAGCCCAUCUUCCCAACUCAUAGCACACGCGGAGCCCCGGCCAAAACAAGACAAGACAAUCGCUUGACGCGUCAAAUCGAGCCCCUAGAAUUUCACGAACCUGCGUACCCCCCCACCCCCCACCCCCACCUCCAUCUCGAAAUCCGUUUGCGACAAACGCGCCGCCUACUUCCCCCGCCGUUCUCCCUACCGCUCUUCCCGUACGCGCGGUGCGAUAGCUCCAAUCCCUCGCAAUGGAGAACAUGGAGGAAGACUCGUCUCGGGCGCCGCUACUGUGGCCCGACCCGCCGCCGUUUUGGAAGGACUUCACCCCAGACAACAUCGCGAGCUUCGACCGCCUCAAGCACGACUACGCCCAGCAGCAAGGGCUAGACGACAGCGACGUCCUGCUGCGGAUACUGGACCUCCCCGAGUACCUGCUGGACUUACAGCCGCCACGAGAGCCAGAGGAGCGCAAAUGGAGGCUUUUCAGUGUAGUGCAUUCCCUCAACGAUGAACUCCAGAGCCUCGAAGCCAUGGGCAUCCAGCGGCUUGGGCCCCUCAACGAGCGAGACCGCGACGGCAAGCACAUGGACCGCGCCUUUGAACUCAAGCGGCAGGCCAAGUCGAUCCUGCUAAACUUCCUCGAGCUGAUGGGCGUCAUGAGCUACAACCCCUCCCACGGCGCCGAGAAGGUCAAGGACCUCGAUACGCUGCUGCUCAACUUCCAACACAUCCUCAACGAGUACCGGCCGCACCAAGCGCGCGAGCAGCUGAUCCAGCUAAUGCAGGACCAGCUAGACAAUAAGCGCGCCGAGACGGCCGCGGUGCGCGGCGUGGUCGACAAGGCCAAGCGCGCGCUCGAGGGGCUCGGGAGCAUGGAGAUACCGCCGCCCACUACCCCGGAGCGGGAGAGCAGCAGCAUGAUGAAAGCGAGCGAGCUGGGGGACGGCGUCAAGGACGGCGUGCCGCACUGGGAGCGUCAGAAUAUCGACUUUGCGCUGUUGGAUGGGGAUUUUGUAUGAUCUCGCCCGUCUAGUGGCGGCUUCAAUUCACAUCUCCUCCGUGGGACUGUUGUAUACAUAUAGAAAAAGUUGAUAUUAGUUUCGUCUGCGAAAAUAACUGCCGUUCGCCUUUCUCUGAUCGUAAUACCUAUGGACUUAAAAAGCUACCUUGGCUACUUAGUACGUGAAUGGGAAUGUGAAUUAUCGAGAGACCUCUUUUACUUGGU